CAAAUACUUAAUUGUCGCAUUUGUAUUUUCCCAACUAUCCAAUCGAAUCCCGAAUCCGGACCCAAACCCUGAUCCGGAUCCUUUCUCGUCGGCUUCAACAGGCAACGAAUCGAUUGAGAGCAAUCUACAGGCGGAGAAGCUGGAAGGAACGUUUUUCUUCAAACAAUUUUGCCAUUCCACUAGUUUUUAACAAAACGAUGCCUCGUAAAGGACUCUCCAAUUUCGAUGAUUAUGAUGAUGGUUUCGAUGAUGACGAUGCGUAUGAUUAUGACUAUGAUGUAGAUGAACACGAAGCUGCUGAACCAAAGGAAGAAGAAAUAGCUCAGAAAGGGCUUUGGCGAUGUGCAAUCUGUACUUAUGACAAUGAUGAGAGUAUGUUCGUGUGUGAUAUUUGCGGCGUUCUUCGUCAUCCUGUGGCCGGGAAUCAAACUGUCAAUAGCAAUACAGUUGAAGGCAGAUGCAAAGUAUCCAAAUUGGCAAAGUCUCUUUUCGAAUCAGUCCCAUCUAAUCCACUGAAAAGGCCAGGUCUUUAUCUGCCUGAGCACAAGAAUCUUGUGAUGGAGCAGGGACCUCUUUCUGGAAUUUCCCGUGGGAAUAUUCAUGAUCUCCACAAGGCUUUUAGUUCUAAAAAUUCCUGCGUUAGUAUAGCACCUUUCAAGUUUGAUGCUCCAUCGCCAGAUGAUUUAGUCUCGAAUGGACUAAAAGGCCCACAAGUACCUGAAAGUAUUCUUGAAGGUAAUACCGUACGUAGCUCAGCAGCUAGCACGAGGCAGAAAGAGAAGCAAGAUAGCGCAGAACAGAAUCCUGUACAGAAAGGAGGAGAUAGCUCAGAAACAAGACCCCGAGUUAGACACGAUAACGUUGAUAAAAGUUUUUCAAAGGGCGGUGGUGGAAUAAAAUCUGGCAAAAGUUUGCCAAAAGCAAAAGCAGAUAUGUCUAAUGAGACAAGUUCUUCGUCGAAAAGGAUGGAGGCGUCGGAGAAUCUUACCGGUGCUAUGAAUAAGAUGUCUUUGACUGGGGAAACAGAAAAGUCCAACGAUAUUAAAAUUAGACGACCAAUAUCAAAAUCUGAGCAUAAGCCAGAGGAGUGGAUGCUUUUUGAUAAAGAAUCAGAUACACUAAGUCAACUUAAUCUUGCCAUCGUGGGGCAUGUUGACUCCGGUAAGUCAACACUCUCAGGUAGAUUACUGCAUCUAUUGGGAAGAAUAUCUCAAAAGCAGAUGCACAAGUUUGAGAAAGAAGCAAAGUUGCAGGGCAAAGGGUCUUUUGCAUAUGCCUGGGCAUUGGAUGAGAGCGCCGAAGAGAGGGAACGAGGAAUUACAAUGACUGUGGCUGUUGCUUAUUUCAAUUCCAAAAGACAUCAUGUUGUUUUGCUCGACUCUCCUGGGCACAAAGAUUUUGUUCCAAACAUGAUAGCAGGAGCAACGCAAGCAGAUGCUGCGAUUCUUGUCAUAGAUGCAUCUAUUGGUGCUUUUGAAGCUGGUUUUGACAAUUUGAAAGGCCAGACAAGGGAGCAUGCACGGGUGCUUAAAGGUUUUGGGGUGGAGCAAGUCAUAGUUGCAGUCAACAAAAUGGAUAUUGUUGGGUAUUCGAAGGACAGAUUUGAUUUGAUUAAGCAGCAUGUUGGAUCUUUUCUGCAUUCCUGUCGCUUUAAAGAAUCGUCUCUGACAUGGAUUCCAUUGAGUGCCAUGGAAAACCAAAACUUGGUUUCAGCUGCCUCUGAAAGCCGCCUAUCCUCAUGGUAUCAAGGUCCAUGUUUAUUGGAUGCUGUUGACUCUGUCAAGUCUCCUGAUAGAGACGUCGCGAAGCCUCUGCUCAUGCCAAUAUGUGACGUUGUAAGAUCAACUUCACAAGGGCAGGUAUCUGCAUGUGGCAAGCUUGAAGCUGGAGCUGUUCGGCCAGGAUCAAAGAUAAUGGUUAUGCCAUCGGGAGAUCAAGGAACCGUACGGUCUCUGGAGCGUGAUUCUCAGGCUUGCACCAUUGCAAGAGCUGGAGAUAACGUAGCAAUAGUUUUGCAAGGGAUCGAUGCAAAUCAAGUAAUGGCAGGAGGUGUGUUGUGCCAUCCUGAUUACCCGGUCUCAGUAGCAACUCAUUUAGAAUUGAUGGUGCUCGUCUUGGAAGGCGCAACACCGAUCUUACUCGGUUCUCAGUUGGAGUUUCAUGUGCAUCAUGCAAAAGAAGCAGCAACAGUUGUGAAACUUGUGGCAAUGCUUGAUCCCAAAACAGGGGAGCCAACAAAGAAGUCUCCUCGUUGUCUAACUGCUAAACAGAGCGCAAUGCUUGAGGUGCGUCUUCAGUAUCCAGUUUGUGUGGAGGCAUUUUCUGAAAGUAGAGCUCUUGGAAGAGUGUUCCUUAGAUCAUCAGGAAGAACAGUCGCCAUGGGCAAAGUUACUCGGAUUAUCCAAGACUGAUCAUAAAAAUUCUCUAUUGUUGUAAGAGUUUUGCUUCUUCCUUAGAAUUUGAGUCGUCCCAAGUUUUGUAUGCAAUACUUAAAGAGAAUAUAUCCUGAAUCCAGUUGCAAAAGUUAUUCAAUUAAAUUUCAAUUUGUAAGUUUGUUUAUCCGAUUUUUGACUCUUUCUUUUAGUUUUAAGAUCAAUCCGAUUUUUGACUUUAAGAUGUUAAUCACAAUAAUAUUUUUCGUGG